CGUACCAGUCAACUGAUUGGAGUACCUUUCCAGUUUGGAAACAUCUGGGCAGGCCCAGGUUUGCAAAAUUCUUUAAGAGUAGUUAUGGAGUUUUGCUUCUAAACAUUUUUAUGGCUGUAUACUUCUGAGCUGAGGUUGUGCUGUGUAAUUCUGAGCCGGGAUUUUCUCAAACUGUUUCUUAUUUCUUAUACCGGACACCCCUAAAUUCCAAGGGGAAUGGGAUGUUAAGGAAGCCAUGGAGUUUAGGAAAAAGAUACAGAUUUCAUUUCCAUUUAGGCAUCGAUGUAUCUCCAUCCUAGGCAGUAUCGGUUCUGUGGUAUUGAUAGGGGAACUAAAUAGCAACCAAAUUUAUAGAAAAUAGUGGGUCAUUGGGUACACAAGUUCUUCUUUUCAACAUUUUUGUAGUGUUUGCAGUUUAAGAUGACCGUUCCUGAGAAACAGGCAGCCUCUUAGAAUGAAAUAGCAUUUUCCCUGAACCAUACUCAAUUUUUAUUUCGUAGACAGCAGGAAGGGCAAUCACACAUCCAACACUUGGGGACCUCAAAGAUAAAACGUAACUUUCUGGGAGCACACUCCCCCCGUCUCCCUCUGCUCUUUUCACUGUCCCAUUGUCCCUGAAGGCUCUUUUGUAUCUUCUGCUCAUGACUCCAGUAACUCUUCCUUCUCGUCCCUCAGCUGGUAAGUUUACUUUUCUACUUUGACCAAGCAAACUGAAGCCAACAGAAGAGAACUUUCACCAGCAACUCCCAGCACAUCCGCUCGCCUUCUGAUGUCUGUGACCUCACUCUCGCUGCCCCACCUCUUAUUACAGAUUGAACAGGAUCCAGGGGGAAGUACCAAGCCUGUCCCAUCGGCCAUCCUGUGUGUCAUGUCCUGUGACCCAGUGGAUGCUCAGCACCCUCCAGCUGAAGAAACAGAUUGCCUUAGGUACAUGAAAGGUGAGGACACCUACUAUCCCCAUGGAGCCCAGGUGGGGCUGGGAGUCUGCUGUUUGUACAGCCGGUGGGCUCGUGUUUCUUUGGGCAUCCCUGUGCCUGAAUUCCUGCAGUACACUCGGUGCCUGUUUCCUAAUCUGCAAAACUGGAAUGAUGUUAACCAUCCCGCAGUGCAUUCCAUGGUGCAUCCUCGCCUAGAAUUGAGUGGAAGCAAGUCCAUCUCAGAAGGGACAUACCUGAAGAGAAAUGGCUUUCCAGACUCUGAAGGGCAGAGAAAGCACCAGCCUGGGUUAGAGAAAGAGAACAGCAUCUCUGAGCCCGUCCUGGGUGACCUCACAGAGAUCACCCUAGUGGCCCAGGCUAGUGACCGGGAACAUGUACCUUCCUGCAACCAACCCCAGACGUCCACUGAUGCAUCAUAUACUGGCAAAGAUCCUGGCCUGGGGGGGCGUUGGCCGCCGGAGAUUCGCCAGAUGUUGGACUCCAGCUUAACCACCGGAAGUGGGCAGGAUGUGCUGAGGGGGCGGAGGCAGCCGCCAAGGCAGCGACGGAGGGGGCUGUCCCUGGCCAGCCGGUCAAUUUGUUCCCACCUCAACAUUUGCUGUCCCAGUUUCGCAGGACGCCCUUCUCCAGUUUAUCCUUCUCCUGGGAGGUGACAUUUUAGGUUAUUGGGUCCCAGAUUGCUGGCACACUCAUCCCUGUUCUCAAACAUCUUUUAAACUUGGGUGAAGUGAUAAGUUGGGGAAGAAGAUGAUUUACUGAAAGUCUCCCGAGAAGAGAUUCAGACUGAACAGCUUUGUGUCGGACUUUGGAAGACCGCUGGUGCCCAAGGGGUUCUCUGGCAGCACAAUGACGAAUCUAGGUCCCUCUUUCACUGCUACGUCAAUGAAGUGGACCGCUUGGACAAGGCCAAAGCUGGUAUCCCAACCAUAGCCCUUGACAGUGAUGUUCGGCUCCAGGAAGCCAUCAGAUGCAGCAGGUGGCCAGAGGAGGAGCCGAACGGGCUCAUGAAAUGUGACACCCCCAGCUUCAUCAACACGGACCAGAACUCUUCCUUUGGGGAAGAUGAUCUCCUGAUUUUGGAACCACCUAUUGUUCUAGAAAAUAAGCCAGUUGCCCAGACCUCACACAAAGACUUGAAUUGGAAAUGUGCUUUGUCAAGUAUUUCUCUGAAGAUGUGAAGUCUGUCUUUGUAUGGCAGGAAGUCCCCUUUCACAAAAUUGUAUGUGUUUGUGUCUGAGAGAGAGAAAUGGAGACAGACAGAAAGACGGAGACAGAAGAGAGCCCCCUCAGAAGAGAGCUAGUUAAGCAUCCCAGACUGACGAAGACAGUGGAGAAUGCCUCUGAGUUUGGCACUGAUUGCCUGGAGAAUGCUGAAACCCAGGGAAGUGGGCAGCACAGACGUUUACUCAUUUAAUCCUGCCAACACAGUAGGAGAUAGAGUCUACAUAUUCCUCGCUACUUAAAAGAUCCCUGCCUUCUCUCUGCUCCUCCUGUCCAUGUCUCUCCCUCCACUUUUCCCCUUCUCCCUUCCUCCUCCCAUCUUCUCCGUCCCUCGCUUCCCCACCUUCUCUUGCAGAACCCAGAGAGGAUCGCUGGCCCUCCUGCGCAUGCGCAGGCUGUGCCAGCUGGACCGAGGGUUGGAAGCUGCAACUCCGAGCCGGGGAUCGGCCCCAAAGGCUUCUCAGCUCUUUCGCCCGCUCAGUGGUGUGGGCGCUGCUCCCCGGGCUGAGAGCCUCCGGCUGUGAACCCCAGCUUCUCCUGGUGGAGUCGGGAAAAGGGAGCGUCAGUGCUGAGCGAGCUUCCGUCUCCUCCCUCAGUGUUUCUGCCCCAGUGAGAUGGCUCAGUAGUGCUUUGCCAGCAUGAUUUUGGGGCAAUUUGGGGGCAGAUAUCGUGCACAAGCAGUGAGAUAUUUCCAUGCAUUUUACUUUCCGGACAUCACCAUGGAACAUGUGGGGGUUUGUGCCUGCAGGCCGGGAUGCUGCAGGACUCCCUGGUCCAUCACCGUUAUGUCUUGGAGCUGCUCCAGUCAGUGAAUGACUUUCUGUGCCUUGGAGUACGUUUUGGUUACUGAGACCCUCGAAUUCCCAUAUGAAUUGUAGCAGCAGCUAGUCAGUUUCUGCAGAGGAGCCCGCAGGGAUUGUGAUCGAGACCACGUUGAAUAUACGGAUCGUUCUGGGGAGCACUGCCAUUCCAAGAGCGCUGUCUUCUGAUCCAGCAAUGUGCUUGGUUUGUCUGUCCAGGUGCCCUCACCUCCAGUAGCAUCCAUCCAGACACCGGAACUGACACUGGCCGUGCUCAGAACUGCCUCAGCCCUGAAGACACAACUGACAAAUAGAAGGGGACCACGCCCUGUUACAGCAGGUGCUCUCACUUUCUGGAUCCUUAUGUAACUGAGCGGUGUCAAUCAGGAUUGCCCGUUUUACAUUGUGUGGCGCUGCUGCGGUGUCUCCUAGUUAUUUGUUUCUAAAUAGACUCCUAUUAGAAGAGGGGAAGUGGAGACAUAGAUAUUCUGCUGAGAUAUUGGUGUCAUCAUAUUUGAGUUGGAAAGGACUUACGACAGCAUAGAGUCGUACCUUUUUAUGGGUGAGAAUCCAUGAUAGUGUAACUUGGACAAGAACCCGGGUCUUCUGUCUUCAUGUCCACGCGGAUGAAGAGUGUAAGAAUGCCAGUGACUGAGUUAGAAGCAUGCUCCCAAGCUGUCCGUGUCCUUGCCAUUAAGAAGCGGACCCUGGAAGCUUCCAAAUUUCUCCAGAAUGCGUUCUACAUUCACCUUCGGCAGGUGACGAUACCCAGCUUUCCCUGCACCAUUUGUUGAAUAGACAAUUCUUUCCAUGGAGUGUUGUUGGCACCCUUGUGGAAAACUGACUGUAAAUAUAAGGAGACUGAGAAUUAAGUCUUCUCUCUUUGGGUGGAGCUCAUUAUCAAUGACGGGAAGUUGUAAGGAAAAAGAUACUGAUUCAUCCUGAGAAAACAUUUUUCUGAGAGUCAGCAGUGAAGAAGGUGGACACUGAAGAAGGUAGCAGAUUCCUCUGUUUCAGGGAAUACGGACCUUUCUAGUAAAAGGAGAGGCGGAACUCGGAAAGGUGGGGCCCAGAGGAGGUCUGGAGCAUCUGCACAGCGCUGCUUCCCUGCAUUUCUGCAUCCGGUCCCAUCAGUGCAUGAACAUUCCUAGGAGAGAAUUCAGCAGUGCAGCAUCCUCUCCGAGAUCUAUGAUUUGAUCGGCUUCCACCGCAAGUCCGCCUUCUUCAAGCGGGUGGCCCCCGUGCAGCGCGUGGCCCCCAGCAUCCCGGAGCCUGGCGGGAAGGCCUGCUACCGACUACUUCUGCAGACGCUUCCUGGCUACAGUCUGUCGCUGGAUCUGCAGGACUUCAGCAAAGGUGUUGGAACUAAAACAUUGCUUCAGUCCCUUUAACCAUGCCUGGUUUGGGCCCUGCUGUCCUGUCUCAUCAGGGUGAAUUCUGAUUCGUUUAGAACAGGGCUCAGCAGACUUUUUCUGUCAAGGACUUGGGAGUAAGUAUUUCAGGGUCUGCAAACCUCCUGAUCUCUGGUGCAGCUGCUCAGCUCUGCUGUUCAGACGCCAGAGCAGCCGGACAUUCCACACACCCACAGAGCAUUAUUAACAGCGGUGGCUGGGGCUGGAUUUGGUGUAUGAACUGCACUUUGUCCCCACAGCCUCCUCACUAUUGACGCCUGCACCAGAGCUUGCAUUUGCGACAAUGUGUGAACCUGCACUGACACGUCAUCAUCACCCAGAGCCCAGACUUGACACUAGGAUUUACACUUGGUGGUGUGCACUCUGUGGGUUUGGACAGAUGUCCAAUGACAUGUAUCCACCGUCACAGCAUCAUACAGAGUAAUCUGUCUUAGUGACCUUAAAAUGCUCCGUGCUGCACCUCAUUCAUUGCUCCUUCCCCUCUAGCCUCUGACAGCCACUGAUCUUUUAGUCUCUGUGGUUUUCCCUUUCCCAGAACACCAUACAGUUGGAAUCAGACAGUUGCGGAACCUUCCCAGAUUGGCUUCUUUCACUUAGUAAUAUGCAUUUAAGGUUCCUCCAUGUCUUUCCAUGCCUUGAUAACUCAUUUCAUUUUAGCACCAAAUAAUAGUCCAUUUUCUGGCUGGACCACAGUUUAUCCAUUCACCUACUGAAGAACAGCUUAGUUGCUUCUGAGUUCUGGUGAUUAUGAAUAAAGCUGCUAUUAACGUCUGUAUGCAGUUUUGUGUGUGGACAUAAGUUUCCAUUUUGUCGAGUAAACAUCAAGGAGCACAGUAGCCUGAUCAUAUGUUAGGAGUAAGUUUAGAUUUGUAAAAAAUUGCCAGACCGUCUUCCAAAGUAUCUGGGCCAUUUUACAUUCCCACCAGCAAUGCAUGAGAAUUCCUGACGCUCCACGUCCUCACCAGCAUUCGGUGCUGUCAGUGUUCUGCGUUUUGGCAGUUCUGACAGGUGUGCAGUGGUACCUCGCUGUUUCAGUCUGCAUCCCCUUGAUGACAGAUGCUGUGAAGCAUCUUUCCAUAGACUUCUUUGGCAUCUAGAUUUCUUCUUUGAUGAGGUCUGUGUUCAGGCAUUUUGCUCAUUUUUUAAUCAGGUUGUUCAUCCUUCUUGUUGAGUUUAAAGAGUUUUUGGUAUAUUCUGGAUAUCAGCCCUUUAUCAAUGUGUCCCUGCCCUUCACCUGCAGCACCGGAGUUGUCCUUUGGGUCUCAGUGGAGUGUCAGCUCUUCAAAGAGGUUUCCUGUCUUCCCUCAGCCUAAAUACUGUCCUUGUAUUUUUCACUUUCAUUGACUCAUUUUGUUCUUUUUAAAUAGCAUUUCCCAUAAUUUGUAAGUACAUUAAAAAAAAGGGCAAUGAUUGAACACCACCUCCCCCACCAGGCUGUGUGCCCUGUGAGAGCAGAGGCCCUGUCCCCACUCAUCGUUUCCCAUGACAGCACAUGGCACAUGUCCAUGUAAAAGUGUGUAACGUGGGGCCAAACCUGAUGAGCAGCUAUGAUGACAUAUUUUGGCUACCAUUUAUUGAGUAGACUUUGUUUCUGAUGUUAAUUAUUAAAUCAUAUGAAUGAAACUUGUUUGUUUUGAAAAAUAAAACAACAAAGCACACCUCCAUUUGAUUGGUACUUUCUACUUAGCCUUCUGACCCAGGAGGGGAUGUUCACCAUCAUUUUGUGGAGGAGGUUGGGGAGGUAAAGUAAGAGAAUUAGAUCAAAUAAAGUAAAAAUGAAAACUA